UCGCGUUUCUCGGCCAUUUUUGUUGCGUCGACGUCAAGUGUGGCCAGGGGCCUCUCUCUCUUCGUAGCAGUCAGUCUUCAAGCAUCGUUUGUAUCAGAGUAUAGCGUCAGACGGAUACCGGUAUUACGACCGUUCGGAUCGACGACCGAGUUUCGUUCGCAGAUUGGCGUACAAUAAGUAAGAAAAAGAAAAAUAUAAGAAAACGAGAACGUUGAACUUUUUUGGCACGGUGAGAGAGAUACGACUAGGGGAGAGUGAGCUACACGAGAAUCUACGGCAGAGCUACGAAAACUACGCACCGAGGCGGAGUAAUAUGAGUAAUGCAGCCAACCAGAAUGGAUCAGGUCUAGAGCAGCAGUUAGCUGGUCUGGACUUGCAGGGUUCUCGCCAACCAAGUGGGGGUCGCUACGUUCCACCCCAUCUGCGUAAUAAAUCUGCAAGUAGCGCACCGUCAAGCGGUGAUCAACAUUCCAGUUCCAACUCUCGGCCACUUUAUUCUGAUAGAGACAGAGGUGGAGAUCGGGAUAGAGACCGAGAAAGAGAGAGAGAUAGAGAUAGGGGCAGAGCAGGGCCAGGGUUUAGAGAUUCGCGUAGUGCACGCGACGUCGAUUUUGGAAACUUUGGCAACUUUGGUGGACGUAAUAGACGUACUCCCAAUCAGGAAAAUGGAAGAGAUUAUAGAUAUCCAAAUUCCGACCGUGAUCGCCCGAUUAGUUCCGGCAAUGAUCGGUGGCAGGAGCAACCUAGAAAUGAUCGUUGGCAAGAGAGUAGAAACGAUCACAGAAUGGGGAGCGGUGGCAGUCGCUGGAAGGAUGACAGAGAUGGAGGUAGAGGAGGCAGAAACGAAAUCGAUUGGACGAUUCCCACAACUAGAGACGAGCGAUUGGAGGUGGAAUUAUUUGGUACUGGUAAUACUGGUAUCAAUUUUAGUAAAUACGAGGAUAUACCAGUUGAGGCUACUGGCGAUGACAUACCACCACACAUCACAUCGUUUGAUGAGGUUAAGCUGACGGAGAUAAUAAAAAACAGCAUUACCUUGGCAGGUUAUGAUAAGCCUACACCAGUUCAAAAAUACGCUAUUCCGAUCAUCAUCGGACGGCGCGAUGUGAUGGCCUGUGCCCAAACAGGGUCUGGUAAAACAGCGGCCUUUUUAGUGCCAAUAUUAAAUCAGAUUUAUGAGAGCGGACCCCAAGCGACACCACCGCAGGGCAGUUCUGGAAGACGUAAGCAAUAUCCAUUAGGUCUUGUGUUAGCACCAACGAGAGAACUCGCUACACAAAUUUAUGACGAAGCGCGUAAGUUCGCGUACAGAUCGCGUAUGCGACCUGCUGUAGUUUAUGGUGGCUCCAAUAUUGUGGAUCAAAUGCGAGAAUUAGAUCGAGGUUGUCAUUUACUUGUCGCGACUCCUGGUCGUCUUGCGGACAUGCUUGGCCGUGGUAAAAUCGGCUUAAACAAUUGCAGAUACUUGGUAUUGGACGAAGCAGAUCGUAUGUUAGACAUGGGUUUCGAGCCUCAGAUCAGAAGAAUCGUUGAAGAAGAUACGAUGCCGCCAACAGGAGAAAGACAAACUCUUAUGUUCUCUGCUACGUUCCCAAAGGAGAUACAGAUAUUAGCCCGAGACUUCUUAAGCAAUUACAUAUUCUUAGCAGUUGGUCGUGUUGGUUCUACAUCUGAAAAUAUUACACAAAAGAUUGUAUGGGUGGAGGAACAGGAUAAACGCUCGUAUCUCCUCGACCUUUUGCAAGCUAGCAGAUUUUCAGAUCCUUCCGCACUGACUUUGGUGUUCGUUGAAACAAAGAAAGGAGCAGACAUGCUCGAAGAAUAUUUACAUACGAUGGGAUAUCCAGUAACCAGCAUUCACGGCGAUAGAACUCAGCGAGAACGAGAAGAUGCGUUGCGUCGAUUCCGUGCUGGAAAAGCGCCAAUACUUGUUGCUACUGCUGUUGCUGCUCGUGGUCUUGACAUCCCUCACGUUAAACACGUUAUUAAUUUCGAUUUGCCAGGUGACGUUGAGGAGUAUGUUCAUCGUAUCGGUCGUACAGGACGUAUGGGGAACUUAGGUUUAGCAACAUCCUUCUUUAAUAACAAGAAUCAUAAUCUUGUACGAGAAUUGGUAUCUCUACUCGUCGAAGCUAACCAAGAGCUUCCACCUUGGCUCGAAGAUUUGUUUGCGGAAGUACGUUAUUCCAGUGGUUGUUCUCGUCGUCCAGGUAGUACCAAAGGACGUUUCAGCGGUGGUUUCGGUGCUCGUGAUUAUCGUCAGCAACCGAGUGGUGGUUCUACACGCAAUAAUGGUCCUUCCAGUAGACCAGGUAGUUAUGGAGGCGGUUACGGAGGAGGGUAUGGAGGGAAUUAUAAUUCGUCAUACAACAAUACCGCUAACAACAGUAGCGGUAAUGAUCCUGAUUGGUGGGGAGGAUGGGACAAGUCAUAAAUCAUUAUCGCCAUCUCUAUUUCCACUUCUACCAUUAUUAUUCUACACGCAAAUUCAAUUAUAUGUAAGGAAGACACGUACGACAUACACAUCCAAUAUAACGAGCACACGUUACGACGGACGCGUGCGUAUAUUCUCGCGUAUGUUAUAUGCAUAUAUACACAUAUACAUAUAUAUAUAUAUAUAUAUGUAUAUACGUAUAUAUACAUAUAUACAUAUAUCAAAGGACAGACAGUAUCGCGUAUAAUCCAUUCACGUUUGCUGACUGCCUGUGCACUCCAGUUUCCGAAGGAAAAAAAGAAAGAAAAAAAACCCCGAGCAAACUAUGUUGAUUGAAUUCCACUACUACACACUUCAUAUACACACAUACACACACACACACACACACACAAAUACAUACACAUACUUAUUCGUGCGCGUUCUCGAGUCUUAACAAAUCCUCGGUAGCUGAUAUAAGAAGACUAUAUUUUGUCAUCGGAUAUCAAAGAGAUAAAUGCCGGUGCACACAUAAAUAAUUUCUAGAAAUAAUUAGAAGAAACUCUGAAUGAUCUCGGACGAAGAAAUAUAUAAUAUCAAGAUAUCCGCAACAAGUGUGUAGGAUUUGUUAAGCGCUAGUUAGAAAUCCAGCCAACGUCUCGUUGCUAUUGCGCGUCGACGAAUACAAGUAGUAUCUAAUCACUAAUAAAUCAAAUCGAUUGGUCGUUAAUGCCUGUUCCGAAGGUAACAAUGUAAUACUACAUAGUAGAUGAAGAAACUUAGUAAAAUUUUUUAGAACUCCUGUCGAGACUACGGGGCUCAUUGUAGCUUUAUUAUUUCAAUUCUUUGAAAGAGUGAGAGCGAGAGAGAUUGAGAGAGAUUGAAAGAGAUUGAGAGAGAGAGAGAAAGAGAGAGAGAGAGAGAGAGAGAGAAAGAGAAAGAGAGACAUGGUGAAUGAGUAUAUUUGUCGAUAGACGCAUAGAGAAUACGAGAAUGAUUGAUCGUUGAGAUACUCUCAAAAUGAAUGAAGGUGAUUCUUCUCAAAGAUCGACUACUCGUAUCAUUUAGUUUCGGUAUACUGGCAUUACUUUCGAUUACCAAAACGUUUAUCUCUGGCGCCCGUGGUACGUCCAGCCAUUAUCGCCAUAUAUUUCAUGACGAUUACUUUAUUAUUUUUCUUUUGAUUGCUUUUUUUUCUUAUAUGUAUGUAUGAAUAUAUAUGUGUGUAGAUAUAUAUAUACACACACACAUACAUACACAUACAUAUUUCUUUUUAUUUUUUCUUUUCGAACAUAAUACAACUCAGCAACGAAUGGUACUUUGUUGUUUUGCCGUCCCCAGAGACAGACUACGUUGUGCCGGCAAUAUCACGGUUUUAAUCGAAUAAGCCACGUGAAGUUUUUCUGGGAAUCGAGAAACUCGAGUCCGGAAAAGAAUAAAUAAGUAAAUAAAUAAUAGGGUACGUCUUGAGAUACCUUUAGAAAUCUCAUUUCUAUAAUAUAUAUAUACAUUUUAUCAAAUAACUUCUCGUUAGUUGUGUCUAUGCGCGUAGAGAAGUAUGGAAGAGGUAUUUUGUAAAAUGAUUUUUCGAUCGGUGGAAUCUUUUCUUCUUCUACUUUUUAUUUCUUUUUCUUUUUUUUUCUUUUUUAUUUUUCCUUCCUUUGUACCCCCUUUUCGUUGUUAUUUUAAACGAAACAAUUAUUCGUGUUUAUGCUUCGGUAGGGGAAAUUAAAAAAACCCCGCUUCCCCUCUAACAAAAAAAAAAUAUAAAAAACAUGGUACAUCUAUCGCGUGUGUACAUGAAUUUUAACAUAUUCUUACAAAUCAUUUCUAAACGUAACAAAGACGUUGCCCCAUGAGAAAAAAUUGGUACGGUGUGUUAUACAAAAUGUUAAACUAUAAUAUGAUACUGGUUGCGAGAGAGAGAGAGAGAGAGAGAGAGAGAGAGAGAAAGAAUGAGAGAGAGAGAGAGAGAGAAAGAGAGAGAGAGAGAGGAAGGGAGGGAGAGAGAGAGUGCUUUAUACGAGAAAAAUAAGGAACACUCUAAGGCGGGUAAAAUAAUACGGUUGCAGUUACAGGGGUGGGGUUUAGAGAUAAAGAUAGAGAUAGAUAGAAAGAAAGAAAGAGAGAGAGAGAGCAUACAAAAAUGAAUGCACUGCUGGUUUAGCUGAGCUCGAGAAAAAAAGGAGCAGCAAGCCCCUUAAUUUAAGGAGGCACAAGAGACGCACUCAUAAUACCUAUUUUAUAACUAUAUUUAUCAGUACGAUAACGCGCUAUAUAUAUACAUACUAAGUACUAUUCGUAAAUACAUAACAUUAUAAAAUAAUUGAAAAACGACUGUGAUAUCGAACGAUCUUGUGACAUUCAAUUUCCAAGUGAAUUGAAAGAAAAGAAAAAAAAAUAAAUGUGAGGAAGAGAGAUAGAUAGAAAGAAAGAGAGAGCGAGCGAGCGAGCGAGAGAGAGAGAGAGAGAGUGAGAGAGAGAGAGAGAGAGAGAAAGAGUGAGAAAGAGAGAAAGAAAAAGAGAAACCAUUAAUGAAAAUACAAAUAUUAAAUGUAUUAAUUUAUCGGUAUUGAAUGUCGGGAAUGUAUAGCUCGAUAUGUUGUUCGAGCUGUAAAGUUGGAAUAUUAAGUCGUUACACUAAUAACACGAAGAAUAACAAAUGGCUGUUGUCCGAUUGGGGGAGGGCUGAACGCUAGCUCUUGCGGUCCCAAAGAGAGAUGUAUUUUGGGACAUUGUUUCUACUUAAAGUAAAUCGCGCAUUAAUAUGAUAGAUAGUCAAUGACCAGAUGACGCGUGUCGUAUCGUUAUUCAAUGUGAAUGACGAUGACGAUGACGAUGACGAGGACGACGACGAUGACGACGACGACAACGACGACGACGACGACGAUAACGUCAAUGACGACGAUAAUGACGAUGACGGAAUAUAAUAUGAUCGUUGGUAGGGCUUUAUAGAUUAUCGAUAUCUUUUGUGCAAACACGUCGGAUUCUUACCUAAUCCAUGUAAGAAAAAGUACAAAUUCGAUUUGCGUGACAACUGACAGGAUUUUUAGACAUGUCAUACUUAUACUUGUUAUAUUAAUAGAUUUAUAUAGUGCAAUCGCGUGCGUGAAUCGUAUGCCGUGUGACCGUGGACCAAGGUGUGAAUGCCUCCAUCGCGAGGAAACAAUGAUUAUUUCAACUAGAACUUUUCACAUAGUCUUUACGAAUAAUUCUUGGCUUCCGACUAUAUAUGGUGCAAGUGGUUUCAAACUUCUCUUAUAAGAUUCGUCUCAUCGAGUGUAACACAUAUGUGUGUAUCUGUGUGUAUAUAUAUAUAGAUACAUAUAUAUAUAUAUGCACUUAUAUAUACAUAUAUUAUAUUGUCAGUUCGGAUGCCCUGCCAAGAAGAUUUUAAAAGAGGAGAAGAUAAUCCUCGCGUUAAAGAAAAGAAAAAGCGAUCUAUACGUAUAUUAUAUGUCGCUUUAAAAUAAUUUUUGACGACCCAAUGGCGUUGAUUGUUUUGAUUUAGUUUUGUGUCUUUUUCUAUUUUUUCUUUUUUCUUUUUUUCCUUUCUUUAUUUUCUAUUAUAUAUUUCUUUUUCUUAAUUUUAAUAAUCGUAGAUUUUAUCGCUAUCGUUGGAGUUAGCCACUUAAUUAUUUCUUUUUAUCGCUUUUGCAGACGUUAUCACGCAAGGCCGUACGCCCGAUAAAUUCAAUUUUUAAAGAAAAAUAUAACAGUACGUUGUUUUACUUGGCGAGGGAAAGAAUCCCAUUGGAAUUUAUUAUCCUGAAUAUAUGUAACGUAUAUAAAGUACGUAUAUUUGCGUUGAGAGUAUUGGAAAUAUAAAUGAUUCGUAAAAAAUUUAUGUUUAUAUAUUUAUGUGAUUAAUCAGUAAUAUCGAAGAUAAAAAAAGAGAGAGAAAGAUAAAGAUAGAAAAAAAGUUACGGCUAAACUUUUUGACUGCCAUAUAAAAAAAAAAAAAAGAUUACGCGCAAGCAAGUCUUCUAAACGUAUUUAUUCUACAAUAUAUUCAUGUGAUUAUCAUAUGAUCACCAUGCGCUCUGUACUCGUUAUCUCUAUCAAAUAACAAAUUCAGGAUUAUAAAGUCCAAUUUCAUUCCUUAAAUACACUAUAACGCGUAACCUGUAUUAUUUAUUGUAUAUUGUAAUUAGCUCCUAGGCGGAUCUUAACAUAGAACGAAAAUUUCAUCAUUAUCUCGCGUUUACAUAUUAAUAUAUAUAUUAAUAUAUAUGUAUAUAUAUACAUAUAUAUAUAAUAUAUAUAUAAUAAAUAAUAUAUAUAUAUAUACAUAUUCAUAUAUGUAUACAUAUAUACAUACACAUAUAUUACAUAUAUUAUGUGUAUAUAUAUAUAUUAAUUGUAAUAAUUUUUAAUCUGACCUCGUGGGAUAAUCUUUUUGUAUUUUUUCCAUAUUAUAAAUAUCGUUUCGUAUUCGCCUUUAUGUAAUAAUUUUAUCUAGAUAUCGUACCAUUAUAUUUUAUUUGUACAAUCGCGAAUACAACACUUUGUAACUUGUUACCCAUAGAAGAAGAGGGAGAGGGAAAGGAAGAGAGAGGGAGAGAGAGAGAGAGAGAGAGAGAGAGAGAGACGAUAAAGUCGUAGUUGCUAUAUCCGUUGCGUGGGAGAAGCGAUAAACUUUUUAUGGAAUGGUCAGAUAUUUCCACCGUUUCGUAAUAUACAUACAAUGUAUACAUUUAAAAGAAAAGAAAAAAGAAAGAAAACAACAAGAAAAAAAAACCAACAACAAACAAACAAAGAAUCGAAAACGUACGGUAUUAUGAUUUAGAAACUUAGCGUAUUUAGAAAGAAAAUAGGUGAGCGAUGAAGUAUAAUUAAACGAUACUAUUUAUUAAUCUACUUACGAUUAGUAUUUAUUUUAACGAGUUAUAUAACGUGUUAACUCGAAAGGACAGUUAUCUUGUUCUGUUUUUUUUCUCUCUAAUUUUUUUUGUAUUCUUUAAACAAGUACCUUUUGUCAUGUUUGGUCCUCUAAAGUAUAUCGGACGAGCAGCCUUCGGAAAUAUUUCAUGGAUUUCUGUGCAGAAAGGAACUAUAUACAUAUAGAUGAUGAUGAUGACGAUGAUGAUGAUGAUGAUGAUGAUGAUGAUAAUGAUUAUGAUUAUGAUGAGUGGAACGAAAAAAGGGUCGCGCGACCAGCGCAUUCAUGUUCUACUUUGGAAUAAGUGCAAAAACAAAAGGAGAAGGGGCUACAAAUUAAUAAUGAUCGUAUAUUACAUGUGUUUCAAAGAAACAAUGUUAAAACUGUGACUGCAAUCAUUGCUAAGGGAAACAUAGCGCGUUUUAAAGCACAUACACAAAGAGACAAGCUAACACUUACAUUUAUACAUGUGUACAGGAUAGAAAGAUACAAUUGUAAGAUACAUUAUACACAAACACACAUACCUACUCUUACACACUUACGCAUAGCCAUACAGUUAAUAAACGAGUGCAAGCAGUAUCAACGAGAUUAUCGACAGUGCGAUCGGUGUAUAUCGUUAACUAGAAAAUUUCUUCACGUGCGAAUCUUUUAUUUUUUCUCUUCUUAAUUUUUAGUAGUAGUAAUUUUCAAUUUCUUUUUUUUUAUUUUCAUUUUUGUUUUUCUUUGCACGCACAUAUCCUUUCGAACGUACCGAAGAUUAGUAUUUGUGUCAUAUCGAUUUUAACGUUUUUAGCGUUGCGUUUUAAGAGCGAACAUUUGUUUAUAGAAUGUUCUUAGUAUUUUUUUUGUGCGUAUCUGAUCUUUGAUUAUACGAGUUACUUUUUUGUUAAUAUUUUCUUUUUUUUUUCUUUUUUAGAACAAAAUAUAAAUUAAUAUUGCUGAUCGAGCGGGUGAGUAAACGCGAACAAUAAGAAUAAAAAGUACACAAUGCAUCAUAAUUUAAGCCUGCCAUUCGAGAGUUAUGCACGUAGGUGAAUAUGACGAUGAUUAUGAUGAUAAUAAUGAUAACGUUGAUGAUGAUGAUGACGAUACGUGGACAUAAAACUAAGCGGGAUGGCAAAAGAAAAUGUCUGUUUAACUUUAAUGAAUGUUUCACUUGGAAAGCGUCGUUCGUCGUCGUGUAGAAUAAGAGAAUGGGAAGAAAGUAAUGCAAGAAAUGUGUGAGAGAGAGAGUGAGUGAACAAGUGAAUGAAAGAUGAGAGAGAAAGAGUGAACAAGUGAAUGAAAGAUAAGAGAGAGAGAGAGAGAGAGAGAGAGAGAUACUCGUUUAAUAAUGUGGGAAAAAAUCCAUUAUCGCAUCUUGUGUUGUACCGGGAUGAACGGCGCUCGUUACAUUUUCCUUUUGUAACUGUAAUGAUACUUCUAUAGAUCUAACUUCACUGACGGCGAAUAACUGGCAAAAUUGUAAGAAAUUGAUGGUAACGGUGAAAUUCGUAGAACGUAUUAUUCUGUCGGUUGGUCUCUUAUUAAUAAUAUUGCACAUAUAUACACGUUUAUGCCUAGAUAAGGAGAGAAAGAGAGAGAGAGAGAGAGAAAGAGUGAUAGAGAAAGAGAGAGAGAGAGAAAGAGAGAGAGAGAGAGAGAGAGAGAGAGAGAGAAUGUGAGAAAGAAAUGAAAAAAACAGCGUAAGAGGAAAAAUUGCAACAAGAAAAACAACAACAACAACAAUAAAAAUCAACUGUACGUCGUACGGCUAUCGAAAGAAAUAAUAAAUAAAAAAAAGUGUCUCAAGUAAAAAAAAAAAAAAAAAAAGAAAAAAAAGAAAAAGAAAAAAAAAGAAAAACCAGCCUUAAAAUAACACAAGUGUGUAUAUAGCUAUAUAAAAUGUAUACACAUCUCGUUCAUUAGCGAUAAGUUCGCGACACGGUCCACCGAAAUAAACGCGUGCUCGCACCCACCCACCCCCACCCGCCCCGCCUCCUCCCUCAAAGGAGGAGACUCGCGUGAAGAAUGAUUUUAAAGUGUCAAUAUUGUUACAAAAUAUACUACUUCAUACGGGUCGAUGUAUCGCGCAUGUUCAGUAACUGUUUAUUCGUUCGGUGAUUCUUUCGUUUAUUUAUAGUAUUAUACGAAGUGACAGGAGACUUCUACGAAAUGAAUCGAUAUAAUAAUAAAGGUGCGAAAAGGAUUGGCGUUUCGUGAACUA